GGAGGCAAUUAUUUUCAGGAAUUUCCAUAAUAAUGAAUAUUAAUAUAUGCAGAACCUGCCUCAAAAGCCCCGCUGACACACAUAUCUCAGAGCUGAAAAAGUGCCUAAAUGAGGACCACAAAAACUACCUCGACGUUAUGCUGUUUUGCUUGGAUAUCAAGGUUACAGAAGACUCUAAAAUAACAACAAAACUAUGUAACAACUGUUACAAAAAAAUCAUAUCGUUUUAUGAAUUUAAAGUAUUAUCUUUAGAAAAUGAUGCAUAUUUAAAAUCUUUGGAUACGGGAGUAGCGGACCAAAAACUGACUGUGUACGAGGACGAAAAGGGGAUAAAGCAUGAUAAUAAUUACUUGGAUUCUGAUGACUUUGGGCCCAGUGUGGUUGAAGAUUGCCUCGCAGAAAUUAAGGUAGAAGUAAAUGUUAAAACUGAAGACAAAUUAGAUGUGAAACUAGAUUCUGAUAAUGAAGAUACACAUCAUUUUGAGUCGGAUGAAGAGCCACUAAAUGUAGUACAAAAAGUGAAGUAUGAGGAUAUUAGGGAACAGACCAAAGUUAAGGCACCAAAACGAGAGAAACGUGUCCGUCCAAAGAAAUCCUCCUUGAAGAAAUCAAAUGAGAAACAUGAAGCGCAGAUAUGUGAAGAGUGUGGCAAGUCUUUCCGUAACCUAAAGGAACACCUGCUCCAGCACCAGCCGCAGACUGAGCGCCAGAAGGUGCAGUGCCAAGCUUGUCCCAAACUGUUCUUAAACAAGGGGGAUAGGCAUAGGCAUUAUAAGACUGUACAUUUGGGCUUAAAGAAAAAAUGUGGUAUUUGCAAUAAAGAGGUGACCCGCAUGUCAGUGCACAUGGCGCGUCACAACCCGUCCACCCUGCGGUUCCCGUGCGUGGAGUGCGAGCGCCGCUUCGUGUCGCAAACCGAGCUGGACGCGCACGUGAUCUCGCACACCGACAACUAUGAGUAUACGCAUGAGUGUCCUGUAUGCGAGAAGAAGUUCAGCAGGAAACCUUUUGUCGCUAGACAUAUACGACAAGUCCAUGAAAAAGAAAGAAAACAUCAAUGCGAAUUAUGUCCUAAGGCUUUCUUCACAAACAGCGCACUUCAAGAACAUUUAGGCACCCACUCAACGGAGCGGCUGUACGAAUGCGACGAAUGCGGCUUAUCCCUCAAGACGAAGGAAACGCUGCGGGCGCACCUCACCGUGCACAGCGGCCUCAAGACCUACCAGUGCCGGCUGUGCGACAAGAGCUUCAGAACUACCAGCAAUUUGAAUGUCCACAUGGUGACCCACACGAAGGAGAAGCGCUACGAGUGCCGCUAUUGCGAUGUGCGUUUCGGCCGCGCGCACCACCGCACCCGCCACGAGUAUACUGCGCACCAGAAAAAAGAUCUCAAAACCAAAUGACAACCCUGUUUACAUAUAUGACUGAUUCUAUGGCGUGGGCUGCAGCCUACAUUUAACAGAUUGUCAGGUGACAUCGUCUCAGUUGUGG